GACGCCAGGACACGCGGAAACUGUUUAUGUUGGUUGCGGAUGAUCGUAGGUUAGCCGCGAUUCAAGCUAAAUAUUCUCCAGUUUAGUCUGAAGUUUAACGUUAUAUAGAGUGUUUUUUGUGUCUUAAAGCUGGUCGGGAUGGGGAAAGCAGAUUUUCUCUCCCCUAAGGCGAUAAGCAACCGGAUUAAAGCCAAAGGUCUCCAGAAAUUGAGGUGGUAUUGUCAAAUGUGUCAGAAACAAUGUAGAGAUGAGAAUGGCUUCAAAUGUCACUGUAUGUCGGAGUCCCACCAGAGGCAGCUACUGCUGGCCUCAGAGGAUCCAACCAAGUUCAUGGACUACUUCUCCGAUGAGUUCAAGAGCGACUUCCUGGAGCUACUCAGAAGACGUUUUGGAACCAAGAGAGUGCAUAACAAUAUUGUCUACAACGAGUACAUCAGUUACCGGGAGCACGUCCACAUGAACUCCACGCAGUGGGAGACUCUUACUGACUUUACCAAGUGGCUGGGCAGAGAAGGCCUGUGUAAAGUUGACGAGACCCCUAAAGGCUGGUACAUCCAGUACAUCGAUCGUGACCCAGAGACUAUCCGCCGCCAAGAGGAGCAGGCGAGGAAGAAGAAGCAGGAGAUGGAUGACGAGGAGAGGAGCGCCAGGUUCAUCGAGGAGCAGGUCCGCAGAGGCCGCACCAGCAAGGAGACGGAUGAAACUCCAGUUUAUACAGAGCUGAAACGUGAGAGUGAAGAAGAAAAAGUUGCUUUCAACCUGGGAGCCUCUUCAUCUAUAGCCGGUCCAUCAAAAUCAAGUUCUGUCCUGGGUGCCAGCGCUCUCAAAACAGCAGCGUCAUCCUCGACCAAGAGGAAAGAUACUUCAUCCAGUUCAGACUCCAGGGGGGAGAAGAAGAAGAAAUCUGCUCUGGAAGAAAUCAUAGAGAUGGAGGAGAAGAAGAAGCAGUCGGUCAGGACAGAUUACUGGCUGCAGCCCAACAUCGUGGUCAAAGUCAUCACCAAGAGACUGGGAGAGAAGUACCACAAGAAGAAGGCUAUCAUCAUGGAGGUGCGAGACAAAUACGGAGCGGUGGUGAAGAUGAUUGACUCCGGAGACAAACUGAAACUGGACCAGAAUCACCUAGAGACGGUCAUACCUGCACCAGGUAAAAAGGUUUUGAUCCUGAACGGUCCAUACAGAGACACGGAGGCUGUGCUGGAGGGGAUUGAUGAGAAAAAUUUCUGCGCCACGCUCACACUCGACUCAGGUCAACAGAAAGGGGAGAGAGUGGACGUUGCCUACGAGGAUUUCUCCAAACUGGCCUGAACCAAGCAAACCCUCCAGUGUUUAACCUCAGGCUGAGGGACUCUACUGUGUCAGAGUUACUUCCCUGGAUGAUUCACCUGUACAUGUACAUAAUCCCACAAUGCAAUUUUCCAGUGAGGCGUCACAGAAAAAUGUAGAGCAAUGAAUCCAAUUUGUUUUUUUAUUUUGUAUUCAAGUUGAUCUUAACAUUGCUGUUGUAAAUUUUGUCCAAAUAAAUUCAACUAAAGUGA